UUCUUCCAUCAAAAAGCCUUUCCUUCUUCGAUCAUUAGAUAUUUCUUCUUCUUGUCUUGUAAUAACUACUGCAAGCAAACAAAAACUGUUUUUUUCGAAAGAAAUGGAGGAAACGAAGGAGAGAAAGAUAGUAGUAGCAGUGGACGAAAGCGAAGAGAGCAUGGAAGCUCUUUCAUGGAGUCUUGACAAUCUUUUUCCCUAUGGUUCCAACAAUACCCUCAUCCUCCUCUACGUCAAGCCUCCUCUUCCCGUUUACUCUUCCAUCGAUGCCGCAGGGUUUAUAGUGACCGGAGAUCCGGUUGCAGCCUUGAUGAAAUAUGAACACGAGCUCGUUGAAUCAGUCAUGGCUCGAUCUCGAACCGUCUACCAAGAUUUUGAGUCCGAAAUUAAUAUAGAGAGACGAGUUGGAAGAGGAGAUGCAAAAGAAGUUAUAUGCAACGCAGUUCAGAAACUUAAAGCUGAUAUGUUAGUGAUGGGGACACAUGACUAUGGCUUCUUCAAAAGGGCAUUGUUAGGGAGUGUGAGCGAGUAUUGCGCCAAACGAGUCAGGUGUCCUGUGAUUAUCGUUAAGAAGCAACCUCAAGAUAAUUGAUAACCUUAUCAUCAUCAUCAUAUGUCUCUGUAUAUUUGUGUAUGUUUGAUAGUAAUUGAUGUAACAUUUCAAUCAAUCUUCGUAUGCAAUAAUAUAUAAACAUGACACUAUGAUGAAAAAA